CAAUGGUGCACGUGCGUUAAAGUGCAUCCUGUUCUGUUGACAUGCCGCCAUUUUCCAAAUAUUUUUCAUUGGGUAAUUUAACCUAAACCAAGUAAUGGCCUUGUGUGAGGAUACUCUAUUCUGUAAUUUCCCCAAAUGUCGGGCAAAACUGAGUGGCUUUGCCUGGGUAACAGCCUGUUCACACGCUUUCUGUGACCAACAUGGAUCGGGGGAGUUCAGCCGAUCUCCAGCUAUCUGUCCUGCUUGUUCAUCCGCCCUUUCAGGAAAACUGGACAUAGUGCGAACAGAGCUGUCGCCCUCGGAAGAAUACAAAGCAAUGGUGCUAGCAGGACUGAGACCUGAAACGGUUUUAGAUAUCUGUGCAAGAGCACUUGCUUUUUGGACUUAUCAGGUGCAUCAGGAGAGGCUGUUUCAGGAGUACAGUCUGUCUCGUGUGGAGAGUCAGCUGAAGCAGAUGGAGAAGAUUCUGUCACAGCAGACGCAGAGCCGUGAGUUGGAGCUGAACGGCAUGAGAGGGGAGAUCGCCUCACUCAAGCGGGUGACAGACGAGUACAAGCGCAAGUACAGCGAGGUGUCUGAGCGUCUGAUGGAGAGGAACAGGCAGUACCAGAAGCUGCAAGGCCUCUACGACUCCCUGCGCCUGCGGAACAUGGUGGUCGGAGGGGAGAGGGAGAGCGGAGGGGGUAUGAUGCGUGACGUCCCACCAGGGCUGGACAGGCCGAUGAACCCUCGUCCCAGUCCUCAGCUGUACGGCACGAGAGGCGAGGGAGACCGGUUCUUCUCCUUGGAGCCUGACGGGCCCAAGACCUUCUUCCAGUUCAGCUCUCCGGACAGGGGCCACUCACUCGUCCCCAAGAAGUGACACUCGUCCCAGCUCCUGUCAUCGCGAUCUUGAUGACAACUUCCUGUGCGUGUGCUCACCACUGCAUCUUUAUUUGGCUUUGUUGACAGCUCGGCGUUGACCGCUGUCAGAAUAAGCAACUGAUUGUUUCCUGGUUUGCUCGGAGUUUACCUCAUAAUGGUAUGAUGAAGUUUAUCUUCUUGUCAAUGUUAUGAAGUCUAUCAUUGAGAAUUGUUGUGAUGACAUUAGAGAAAGGGUUUGCUCUUUGACAGGAGAAGAAUGUCUUUGUAUUUGAAGGGCAGUCUGUCUUUAUGGCUGAAUAAAAUUAGAAUUUGUUAAAUUA